AUGAGCAACAGAUCCUUCUAUGAAGACAUCAAGGACGAUGCCCGGUCUUUUAUCGAACGGGUCGGAAAUCAGUCUUUUGUGAGCCCGCAUCGUGGCCCAGUCAAGGGCCGCCCCAAUUCGCUACAAGACUCACUUCGGCAAGAACUCGAUGAAAAGCGCAAAAUAGCGGCUACUAUCAAUGACGAUAUCUCACAAAAGACCCUUGUUUCGCUGCAAAAACAGAUCGACGCCCACGAGGCCUAUAUCAGCGGGUCAAAGCCUCUACUAGAAAUGCUGGCCAAGAGCGCAAACACCUACCAUUUCUACGAAGCGAUCGACCCACGA